AUGAACAGAGCUUUCGACCCGGAGAAGAAGACUGUCUUCGUCAUCGGCGAUUCCCACCUGAGGGGCCUGGUGGAUGGGGACGUCGCCUUACCCAAGGUACCUCUCUCUUUUUCUUUUCUGUCUGUUCCAGGUGGAGGUGCAGCUGCCCUGAGGACAGAGGUGGGGCGCCUGGAGUUCCCGUGGACCCCGGAUGUCGUCUGCGUGCUGGCCCCGAGCAACGACCUGGGCCGUGGGCCCUUCUGCGAUGCGGCGGUGGAGUUUGGCGCGCUCCUGACCAGCGUCCGCAGCCGCUGGCCCAAGGUGUUUGUUCUGGACUUCCCCCCGCGUCUGAACAAGCCCGUGGGCCUGCAGUAUCUGCUGCGUCAGGAGCACCACCGCGUCACAACACGCAUGGGUCUCCCAUUCGUGGCUGUGACCAGCAGCUUCCUGCUGGAUCGGUUGGAGCUGUGGUGUUAUGACGGCGUGCACCUCAGCGACACAGGUGGCUCGCCCAUCCUGGUGAAGCUGUUGUGCGACGCUGCGCUCACCCUGUUCGCACCCGACCCCCCUGCGCCUCCUUCCCCUCGUCGGACGGACUGCCUGGAUCCCCCAACAUGGCCCGGGGUUGGACAGGAGGGAAAGAUGGCCUGCAUCACUGCAUCUGCUGUUUUUUGGAGGAAGAUGGCAAAGCGGCAGUCAUGGACCCCAUGCCUCCUGUCCCCGAGUUCGUCGCUCGUGGCUCGCCCGUCCUGGUGGAGCCUGCGCCUCCUUCCCCUUGGUGGACGUCGCCAUGAUAAUAUAAUUUGUAUAAUGAAAUAACAUUUUUAUAAGAUGAGGCCUCCUUACAAGAAAGGACAACACAGCGCAGUGAGUGACA